AUGCCUCAAGUCAGCCUCUUCGAGUAUCUUAUGCACGAGCCGCCAAAUCUCUUGAUCGAGCCCCCGAUCCCGCCUCCAUCCAUGACCGAGAGCAAGCAUUACAAAUCGAAUGAUGUCAAAAGCGUGAGCCAUUGGGGUGACUUCAACUUAACUACCAUCAGGAAGUACUACGAACUUCUCACCAGCACCCAGAUUCCCGAUGAACCGAUGCCAUCCGCACCUCUUCGGCGAAUUUUGAAGGAGGGCGAGCUUCAAGAUUAUUUCUCGCGCUUGAUCCCCGAUCGAGUCGAGCGGGCACUCGGUUAUGCCUUCGAUCGUCUCCAAAGCAAUAGCAAACUCGGACCUGCGAACUUCACGCGCGUGGGUUUCGGCAGUGGAACUUUUGCGACUUUCAUUCAAGGAGGUCAGCCAGAUCUGGCCUACGCCGAUCCCAACAAACCCCGCCGCGCCAGAGUCAACCGGCUCCCUGGGGAACUCAAGCUUUUCUUUAAAUGGAAUACGGCUAUGCAACAUAGCCAGAAUGACAAGAAACGACACUGCUUCCUGCAAGUACUAUCGCAGGUCAACUUCUACAUGCUCAAGAACAACACCAGAUAUGGAUACAUAAUCACGAACGAAGAAAUGGUGGCCAUCCGACGACUUGACUCCGACGGCAAUUUGGAGUUGUCUACUCCCAUCCCGUGGAGAAGCUCAGCCAACGGCCCACAUCCGCCACGGCUGACGAUGUUGCUGGCAUUUUGGUACCUGGGAAUGCUGGCAGCAGAUAACAACGACUGGAAAUUUUCGUAG